AUGGCCGAGUACCGCCACAAGCAGCAGAUCAUCAUCACAAUCAUCAUCAACAUCAUCCUGCUGCUGGUAGCUGCUGCCGCGGCAGUGCAGGCUGGCGGCCCAGCCUAUUGGCCUAACACUGUGAACGGGUCGAGAACUAAUCCAAGCAGUGACUCUCUGUCGUAUUGUGAGGAGCCUCAGCCCACAGGAGUGUGUGGUCCACUGCUAUCUAAGCCCCCGGUACCAACAGCGUCAGUCCAGUAUGGUGGUGGCGCUGAAAGCUACUGCACGAGGUCUUCUAGUGGUCGAACGAUAGGCCCGAAUGAGAUGCCUUUCGGUAAUGGCUACAGCCCUCGUAGUGAGAACUAUGCAAAUAACCAACAGCAGUAUCACGACACUUAUCCUCGUCAACAACAACAUUAUGUUGCAGCUCUUUAUCCCUUUGGUGCCUCCCCUACGUAUGACCAGACUGCAAGUGCCGCUGCUGCUGCUGCUGCCAGUAGUGGACUUGUGCAUCAGUACCACAGCGGUGAUGGGAAUGGCUUCGCUAACACUUACCCUGGUAUGUUGUAUGAGGAAUAGACCUACCUUCCUUUUUUUAUCAUCAUCACCACUAUGGUGACGAUUGUGAAGUUUAAUAACAGUAUGAAGUUUACCUCUGUCUUAUCUCGCAACUUCUCUUCUCAAGACUAGAUUAUCAUUCUUAUUAGAGUAAAUCUCCCCGGACUCAUUCGUUCACUUUUCUCCUCCCCAAUCGUGUAUUCUCUAGCAGAAAUAAGUAACUCCAAGGGAGUUCCGGCCAAUGGCCGCUUUUUGUCUGCUGUUGUUUGUUUAUUUCGCCUUUUUUCGAUACCACUCCUUCGGUCAUACUGAUGGCAUGGGUCAUCGUCAUGAAUUCGCCGGCUCCUCUGAUCUCACUCUUGCGGCUGUUCAUAUUGACAGCUACUGCUGUAUAAGUCUUUUGUAGUCAGUAAUAGUAUCUUAAUUUUUGAGUCUGAUAACAAUGAUAAAAAUAGAGUAAAUGUUCCAGAAAAAGGGAGCCUGCCGGGAUAGAACCUGCGCUGCAUGCUCGUCUGUUUGCUAGUAUUCGUGUGUCUAU